AUGGCUGGCUCCACGAUCGAGGCGUCCAUCGAACAGGUUCGGCCAUUCGUGGAGCGGAUGCUCGGCACCAGCGCGCCCGAUGGCUCGGGCGCCCAGAUGAAAUCAAGGACCGACGAGAUCAUCGGCGCCUUGAAGCAGGCGAACUUGGCUUACACGGAACGGAUGCCGAACCGUCGGGUCAUCGCGAACCCGUUGAAUCGCGACGGCCAAGGCGUCGACCCAUAUGACGUCCACAGCUUGUUGGAGCGCAUUUGGGGCGCUGGCUGGUCCUACUCAAAGACAGUGGACGCGGUGUGCUUCGAACUCCCGCCCGACCCAGCCUUCGAGGUCCAGUUCAACCUUGAUCUGGCGCAGAGCGCCGCUGGCAUGCUUCCCGCCGUGGACGUCGCCAACUGCAGGGUUUCGGCCGUGGGCUGCACGCGCGCGGUCCACGCGCUCGGCGCCGUGAACGAGUCUUGCAACUCUUUCCUCACGGACCUCUGCGUCGACGGGAGGCUGUCGCGCGAGAAGGUUUUGGCGGUCUGCCCGCAGAUCCAGGACGCGCUCGACAAUGGAUUGAUGUGGACGGUCAUCCGUCAUGAGGUGCACACCGCUUUCCCGUUGUUGGCCGACUUUGUGCAAGAGGGGCUCAAUGCGGUCCACGGGGCCGAACGGCAGAAGACCCAGAUCCAGGCCCUCAUGGCCAUCCAUAGCAAGGCCGUCCAGAAUUACAAGCGCACGGGCAGCUAUCGCUGGAGCGCCAUCGCCAAGCAAAUGGAGCGGAGCAACCCCCACCUUGACUAUGGUGCAGCCGCUCUGCGACUUCGCCGCUCGGUGGAGCGAACCGUAUCGAGCCAGACGGUCAAAUUCCUGGCCGACCUCGAGUACGCGAGUGGCCCCGAGUGGCCGUUGGCCAUCCUGAAGGCCUCUCUCGUGGCGCCCGACAGCUACGUCGACAACGGCGCCUCGAAGCUCGUAUCCAGCUCCGACAUAGGUUCGGUCCACGGCAGCAACAAGGCGUCGGUGGCCAAGUUUGUGACCAUGUGUCGUGCUGCGAAGAAGUGGGUGGCGGACUUACUCCGCCGUGAUGAUGUGUGCGAGCGCGCUUGCGACCUGAACAAGGCCCUCGGCGACUUCGAGGUGCGCUCGGUGAUGACGAUCCUCGGCAAGAAGGCGAGGAGCAGGCUCAGCUUCAACACCAUCGACGAGGUCGGCAGCGAGUUCAUCGCUACGGUGCUGGCGGCGUCUCCUACGGUGGGCAAGGUCGCCCCCCCGUGGGACUACGUCCAGGCGGCGCCGAAGGCUUCCGCCUCGAAGGCCGCCUCGAAGACGGAGGCCGCCAUGGGGACAUUCGUGCAGGGCCAGCUCGACAAGGAUACAAUCGCCCAGCAGGGUUUCGAGGUGGGGCGCGAGGUCGACGGCGCGACGGUGAAGUUGGCGCCGACGGAGCCGCAGCCCAAGCUCGCCAAGGCGGCGAAGCUGGACGACGAGGCGUCCGACGGCGAGGAGUUCGAGGGCACCAUCUCGGUAUCCAGCGGCGCCCUCGUCGACAACUACAAG